UUUUUGUUGUUGUUUUUGUUUUUGUGAAAGGUGAUUAAAGGCACCAAGUUAUUGGAUUAGAUAAUUGUGAUGGCUAUGAGUAUUAGGAAGGCAAUUGGAGCAGUGAAAGAUCAAACUAGUAUAAGCCUAGCUAAAGUGACCGGCAAUGUUGCGCCGGACCUUGAAGUAUUGGUGGUGAAAGCAACCACUCAUGAUAAUGAUCCAGCAGAUGAGAAAUAUAUUAGGGAGAUUUUGCACUUGACCUCUAAUUCUCGAGGGUAUGUUAGUGCUUUUGUUUUUGCAGUGUCAAAGAGGUUAAGCAAAACCCAUGAUUGGGUUGUGGCGUUGAAGGCAUUAGUGCUUGUGCAUAGGCUAUUAACUGAUGGAGACCCUGUACUUGGUCAAGAGAUCAUGUAUGCAAGUCGGAGAGGGAUGAGGGUUUUGAAUAUGUCUGGUUUUCGUGAUGAAGCGCACUCUAAUUCCUGGGAUCAUUCUGGAUUCGUUAGGACUUAUGCCAUUUAUUUAGAUCAGAAGCUUGAGUUUUCUACUUAUGAUAGGAAGUUGAAUGACGGUGAUGGUUAUGGUCAGUAUAGGUCCGAUGGACAUGGGAUGGAUAGGAGAAAGAGGUUCUUUAAUGAGCCUGAUGAGUCUGCUGGAAGGGAAGAGAAAAGUGGGGUGACGCCAGCCAGAGAAAUGAAGCCUGAGAAGGUUUUAGAGAGGUUGAAUCAAUUGCUUCAGCUUCUUGAUAGGUUCUUGGCUUGUAGACCGACUGGUGCAGCCAAGGAUAGUAGGAUGGUGCUGGCGGCAUUAUAUUCUCUUGUGAAGGAGAGCUUCAAGCUUUAUGCUGAUAUUUGUGAGGUAUUACAUAAUUUGUUGGAUCGAUUCACAGAGAUGGAGUAUGCUGAUUGUGUCAAGACUUUUGAUGCUUAUGUUAGUGCAGCAAAGAUGAUCGAUGAGCUUGUCGGCACUUACAAUUGGUGCAAGGAUGUUGGGAUUGCAAGGUCAUCCGAGUUCCCAGAAGUGCAAGUCAUCACUGAUAAGCUUUUGGGCACACUUGAGGGCUUCUUGAGAGAGAGGGCAAAUAGGCCAAGGAGCCCUGAGAUAAAUAGGGUGGAGAGUUCGUCAGCAGUUAAAGAGGAGAAAACACCAGAUAUGAACGAAAUUAAAGCUCUCCCACCACCCGAGAAUCACACACCUCCUCCUCCUGCUCCUCCUCAACCUGUACCACAGCCAAGGCCACAUGCUCAGCAGGUAACUGAAGACUUGGUGAAUUUGAAGGAUGAUGGAGUGACAGCUGAUGGUGAGGGCAAUAAAAUGGCAUUAGCUCUAUUUUCUGGGCCUGUAGCCAAGGGGAAUGGCUCCUGGGAAGCAUUCCCGUCUGAUGGAGAGACUGGACAAGUAACUUCAGCUUGGCAGACACCAGCUGCUGAGAUUGGCAAAGCUGACUGGGAGUUAGCAUUGGUAGAAACCGCCAGUAAUUUGUCAAAGCAGACGGCUGAUUUAGCAGGUGGUUUUGAUUCACUUUUGUUAAACGGGAUGUACGAUCAGGGAACCGUGAGGCAGCACGUGAGCAAUACUCAGGUGACUGGUGGGAGUGCCAGCAGUGUAGCAUUGCCUGGAGUGGGAAAGACUGCAACACCUAUGCUUGCAUUACCUGCCCCUGAUGGAACAGUCCAACCAGUAGGGAACCAAGAUCCAUUUGCUGCUUCCCUAGCUGUGCCACCUCCUUCUUACGUCCAAAUGGCUGAACAGGAGAGGAAACAGCAUUUGUUAAUGCAGGAACAACAGCUGUGGCAGCAAUACGCAAGCAACGGGAUGCAAGGCCAAAUGGGUUUGUCCAGACUUGCAGGAGCUACCCCAGGCUACUAUGGCGCUGGAAUGCCACCAUCAAUGCCCUAUGGGAUGGGACAGCCAGCAGGUUAUUACUUCACCCCCCUCUGAAUCUCGCCUCUCGCGAUACAUGUGGUGCUUUUGCUACAUUGCAGUUUUCUUUUAUUAUGCUACAAUAUUAUCAUAUUCUUGAAACCUGUUAUCAGCUCCUCUGCAACACCUAUAAGCUGUGUAUUCUGACAUUUUUACGAAAGUGAGUUGAAAAAAAGGAUAUGGAGACAGCCAUACAAUAAGUAACUUUUUUAGAUGUAUCGCCCUGUUGAAAUUUCCAUUUCAAUAUUUUAAGCCAAA